GCCACUGGUUCCAUCUUUUCACAGCCUGACAGUCAACAGAGACCAGUUGCAUUUUCAGGUGAACACUUGCAUCAUAUAAAUCCCAAGUUCCCAAGAAGCUUCAGGUGGCAAAAUGGGUGAUGCAGUCAUGGCAGAGUUUGGACCUGCGGCUUCUUAUCUUAGAAAGUCUGAUAAGGAGCGACUGGAAGCGCAGACUCGUACAUUUGACAUGAAGAAGGAAUGUUUUGUUCCUGAUCCGGAGGUGGAGUACGUCAAGGCUUCAGUCACGACUCGAGAUGGUGAUAAAGUCACCGUUCAUACUGAGUUUGGAAAGACUGUCACAGUCAAGGAUUGCGACGUACAUCCUCAAAAUCCACCAAAGUUUGAUAAAAUUGAAGACAUGGCGAUGUUCACCUUCCUCCAUGAGCCAGCUGUGCUGUUCAACCUCAAAGAGCGUUACGCAGCUUGGAUGAUUUAUACCUACUCUGGACUGUUCUGUGUGACUGUCAACCCCUACAAGUGGCUGCCAGUCUACAACCAGGAGGUGGUUGUUGCCUACAGAGGAAAGAAGAGGAGUGAAGCUCCUCCUCACAUCUUCUCCAUCUCUGACAAUGCCUACCAGUACAUGCUGUCAGACAGAGAAAAUCAGUCUAUCCUUAUCACUGGAGAAUCUGGUGCUGGAAAGACUGUGAACACCAAACGUGUCAUUCAGUACUUUGCCAGCAUCGCAGCUGUCCCCAGUGGAGGAAAGAAAGACGCAGCUUCUGAAAAAAAGGGAACCUUGGAGGAUCAAAUCAUCCAGGCUAAUCCCGCUCUGGAAGCCUUUGGAAAUGCCAAGACCAUCAGAAAUGACAACUCCUCUAGAUUUGGCAAAUUCAUCAGAAUUCACUUUGACAACAGAGGAAAGCUCGCCUCUGCAGAUAUUGAGACUUACCUUCUGGAGAAAUCACGUGUGACCUACCAGCUCAAAGCUGAGAGAGACUACCACAUCUUCUACCAGAUCCUGUCUCAGGUCAAGCCUGAACUUCUGGACAUGUUGCUGAUCACCAACAACCCCUACGACUAUUCCUUCAUCUCCCAAGGAGAGACAACUGUGGCUUCCAUCAAUGACUCAGACGAGCUGAUGGCCACUGAUGAUGCCUUUGAUGUCCUGGGCUUCACUCAAGAAGAGAAGAACAGCAUCUACAAACUGACUGGAGCCAUCAUGCACUAUGGGAACAUGAGGUUUAAGCAGAAACAGCGAGAGGAGCAGGCUGAGGCAGACGGCACUGAGGAUGCUGACAAAGUCGCUUAUCUGAUGGGCCUGAACUCUGCCGACCUCAUUAAAGGUCUCUGUCACCCAAGAGUCAAAGUAGGAAAUGAGUGGGUCACCAAAGGUCAAAGUGUGGCCCAGGUGAACUAUGCUAUUGGUGCACUGGCUAAGUCAGUGUACGAGAGGAUGUUCUUGUGGAUGGUGGUCAGGAUCAACCAGUCUCUAGAAACUAAACAACCUCGUCAGUACUUCAUCGGUGUACUGGACAUUGCUGGAUUUGAGAUCUUUGAUUUCAACACCUUUGAGCAGAUGUGCAUCAACUUCACCAACGAGAAACUGCAACAGUUUUUCAACCACCACAUGUUUGUGCUGGAGCAGGAAGAGUACAAGAAAGAGGGCAUUGAAUGGGUUUUCAUUGACUUUGGUAUGGACCUGCAGGCCUGUAUUGACCUCAUUGAAAAGCCCAUGGGUAUCAUGUCCAUCCUUGAAGAGGAGUGCAUGUUCCCCAAAGCCAGUGACACCACCUUUAAAGCUAAGCUCUAUGACAACCACCUGGGAAAAUCUGCAAACUUCCAGAAACCCAGAAUUGUCAAGGGGAAACCAGAGGCUCAUUUCUCUCUUGUUCACUACGCUGGAACUGUUGAUUAUAAUAUCAACAACUGGCUGGUGAAAAACAAAGACCCUCUGAAUGAGACGGUUGUUGUACUCUUCCAGAAGUCUACGCUAAAACUUCUGGGAUUGCUUUUUGCCAACUAUGCUGGAUCCGAUUCUGCCCCAGAAGGCGGAAAGGGCAAGGGUAGCAAGAAGAAAGGUUCAUCUUUCCAGACUGUUUCAGCUUUGCACAGGGAGAAUCUCAACAAGCUGAUGACCAACCUGAGGUCCACACACCCUCACUUUGUGCGCUGCCUCAUCCCCAAUGAGACCAAGACUCCUGGGGCCAUGGAGAAUCCUCUGGUGAUGCACCAGCUGCGCUGUAACGGUGUGCUGGAAGGAAUCAGGAUCUGCAGAAAAGGUUUCCCCAACAGGAUCCUCUACGGAGACUUCAAACAGAGGUACCGUAUUUUGAAUCCAAAUGCCAUUCCUGAGGGACAGUUCAUUGACAACAAGAAAGCUUCAGAGAAACUCCUGGGCUCUCUGGACAUUGACCACACCCAGUACAAACUGGGUCACACCAAGGUGUUCUUCAAAGCUGGACUGUUAGGUCAGCUGGAGGAGAUGCGUGAUGUCAGGUUGGCCCUCAUUAUCACUGGUAUUCAAGCCAGGUCAAGAGGACUUCUUGCAAGAAUUGAAUUUCAGAAGAUUGUUGAACGCAGGGAUGCACUGCUGGUGAUCCAGUGGAACAUCCGUGCCUUCAUGGGGGUCAAGAAUUGGCCUUGGAUGAAGAUGUACUUCAAGAUCAAGCCUCUGUUGAAGUCAGCAGAGAGUGAGAAGGAGAUGGCCAACAUGAAGGAAGAGUUCACCAAACUGAAAGAGGCUUACGCUAAAUCAGAAGCCCGUCGAAAGGAAUUGGAAGAAAAGAUGGUCUCUCUCCUCCAAGAGAAGAACGACCUGCAGCUCCAAGUUCAGGCUGAACAAGACAAUCUUUGUGAUGCCGAAGAAAGAUGUGAGGGUCUGAUCAAAAACAAAAUUCAGAUGGAGGCAAAAGCCAAAGAGCUGUCAGAGAGGUUGGAAGAUGAGGAGGAGAUGAACGCUGAACUGACUGCUAAGAAGAGGAAGCUGGAGGAUGAGUGCUCUGAGUUAAAGAAAGACAUUGAUGACUUAGAGCUAACUCUGGCCAAAGUGGAAAAGGAGAAGCACGCUACAGAGAACAAGGUGAAAAAUAUGACUGAGGAGAUGGCAGCUCUGGAUGAAAUUAUCGCCAAGUUGACCAAGGAAAAGAAAGCCUUACAGGAGGCUCAUCAACAAACACUGGACGACCUGCAGAGUGAGGAAGACAAAGUCAACACUCUGACCAAGGCUAAGGUCAAGCUGGAGCAGCAAGUGGACGAUCUUGAGGGUUCUCUGGAGCAAGAGAAGAAGAUUCGAAUGGAUCUAGAGAGAGCCAAGAGAAAGCUGGAGGGAGAUCUGAAAUUGACCCAGGAGAGUCUAAUGGACCUGGAGAAUGACAAGCAACAACUUGAGGAACAUAUGAAAAAGAAAGACUUUGAACUCAGUCAGCUAAAUAAUAAAAUAGAGGACGAGCAGGCCAUUGCUAUUCAGCUUCAAAAGAAACUAAAAGAACUUCAGGCUCGCAUUGAAGAGCUGGAGGAGGAACUCGAGGCAGAACGAGCUGCCAGGGCAAAGGUGGAGAAGCAGAGAGCAGAUCUGGCCAGAGAGCUGGAGGAGAUCAGUGAGAGGCUGGAGGAAGCUGGUGGGGCAACAUCUGCCCAGAUUGAGAUGAACAAGAAGAGGGAGGCUGAAUUCCAGAAACUGCGCAGAGACCUUGAAGAGGCCACACUGCUGCAUGAAUCUACUGCUGCAUCACUGAGGAAAAAACAGGCUGACAGUGUUGCUGACCUGGGAGAGCAGAUAGACAACCUGCAGAGAGUCAAGCAGAAACUGGAGAAAGAGAAGAGUGAGCUCAGACUGGAGCUGGACGAUGUGGUCUCCAGUAUGGAACACGUUGUGAAGACUAAAAACAAUUUGGAGAAAAUGUGCAGGUCUUUGGAAGACCAGAUGAAUGAAUACAAGACAAAGUCAGAAGAAGGUCAACGUACCAUCAAUGACUUCACCAUGCACAAGGCCAAGCUUCAAACUGAAAAUGGUGAACUCACAAGACAACUUGAGGAAAAAGAUUCCCUUGUGUCUCAGCUCACCAGAGGAAAACAGUCCUACACUCAACAGAUUGAGGACCUGAAAAGACAGUUGGAGGAAGAAGUCAAGGCCAAGAAUGCUCUGGCCCACGCAGUGCAGUCUUCUCGCCAUGACUGUGACCUGCUCAGGGAGCAGUAUGAGGAGGAGCAGGAGGCCAAGGGUGAACUCCAGCGCGGCAUGUCCAAGGCCAACUCUGAGGUGGCUCAGUGGAGAACUAAGUACGAAACUGAUGCCAUCCAGAGAACUGAGGAGCUGGAGGAGGCCAAGAAGAAGCUGGCUCAGCGUCUGCAGGAGGCUGAGGAAGCUGUGGAAGCAGUGAAUGCUAAAUGUUCCUCUCUGGAGAAGACUAAACACAGACUUCAGAAUGAGAUUGAAGAUCUGAUGGUGGACGUGGAGAGGUCUAAUGCUGCAGCCGCUGCUCUGGACAAGAAGCAAAGAAACUUUGACAAGGUGACAAAGCAUCCUCAACAAAAACAACUUCAGUUGUUGUCCUUGCUGGAGGGUUCUCAGAAAGAUGCCCGGUCUCUGAGCACUGAACUCUUCAAACUGAAGAACUCCUAUGAAGAAUCUCUAGAACAUCUGGAGACCAUGAAGAGAGAAAAUAAGAAUCUUCAGGAGGAAAUAGCUGAUCUCACUGAACAAAUCGGUGAGGGAGGAAAGAGUAUUCAUGAACUUGAAAAGAUUCGGAAGCAGUUGGAGCAAGAGAAGUCAGAGAUACAAACAGCUCUGGAGGAAGCAGAGGCCUCACUGGAGCAUGAGGAGGGCAAGAUUCUCAGAGCCCAACUAGAGUUCAAUCAGGUCAAAGCUGAGAUUGAGCGAAAGCUGUCUGAGAAAGAUGAAGAGAUGGAACAAGCCAAGAGAAACCACCAAAGAACUGUGGACACCCUGCAGAGCUCUCUGGAGGCCGAGUGUCGCAGCAGGAAGGAAGCUCUCCGUAUAAAGAAGAAGAUGGAGGGAGACCUGAACGAGAUGGAGAUCCAGCUCAGCCAGGCCAACAGGCAGGCAGCUGAGGCCCAGAAACAGCUCAAAUCUCUUCAUGCACAUAUGAAGGACACUCAGCUGCAGCUGGACGACUGUCUCCGAGCCAAUGAUGACAUGAAGGAAAAUGUUACCAUUGUUGAGAGACGCAACACUCUGCUUCAGGCUGAACUGGAAGAACUGAGAGCUGCUUUGGAGCAAACUGAGAGAAGUCGCAAACUUGCUGAGCAAGAGCUGAUGGAUGUUAGUGAGAGGGUGCAGCUACUGCACUCACAGAACACCGGCCUGAUAAACCAGAAGAAGAAGCUGGAGGCUGAUACUUCCCAGCUUCAGACAGAAGUAGAAGAUGCUGUGCAGGAGUGUAGAAAUGCUGAGGAGAAGCCAAAGAAGCCCAUUACUGACCCUGCCAUGAUGGCAGAGGAGCUGAAGAAAGAGCAGGACACCAGUGCUCACCUGGAGCGUAUGAAGAAGAACAUGGAGCAGACCAUCAAAGACCUGCAGCAUCGUCUGGAUGAAGCCGAACAGAUCGCCUUAAAGGGAGGCAAGAAGCAGGUGCAGAAGCUCGAGACCAGGAUCAAAGAGCUGGAAAAUGAACUUGAGGCUGAACAAAGAAAGUCCAGCGAUUCCAUCAAGGGAAUACGUAAAUAUGAGCGGAGAAUUAAGGAGCUGACCUAUCAGACGGAGGAGGACAAAAAGAACCUCGCCCGUCUGCAGGAUUUAGUGGACAAGCUUCAGCUGAAGGUCAAAUCCUAUAAGAGAGCUGCAGAGGAGGCUGAAGAACAAGCCAACAGCAACCUCACCAAGUUCCGUAAGAUUCAGCAUGAGCUUGACGAAGCUGAGGAGAGAGCUGACAUCGCUGAAUGUCAGGUCAACAAGCUGCGCGCCAAGACCCGUGAUGUGGGUUCAAAGUAUCAGAGCCAGACCGUCAGAGUUCCAGAGGCAAAGCAGCGCUCUCUACAGGAUGGAUACAGUAGCAACACUUCACACGUCUGACAGUUGUGGACACGCCACGAAGAAAUUCCCCACAGAUCAACAAAGACCAGUUCAACCAGUACAGUAAGUAGACACUGCUUAGGAAUACACAUUAAUUAUUAAAUCCAAUUAUAUUAGAGUGUCACUUCUUGUUAAUUUAUGAGAAUAACACAAAACAAGAUACCAUUUGCCCCAUAGCACAUCAUUUUAGACUAUAAUAUUGAGAUCGAAGGAGAGCUGAAAUACCUCAAACAACACCUGAACCUAACUGUUCCCACAAAUACUAACUUUGCUGAUUUUGGCAAAAGCCCACCUUUACAUUUUUAUAUUGUCCUUACUGUGCAAUUUCUAUGCCAUAUUCCACCCAUACUGCUAUGAUCAAUGGUUAAGCUUGGAUUAUAUUAACCUAUAAUAAUAUUAGCUACCGUAUGAUGUUUAUUUUGUGUACCUUAGAAUAUGUACAAGACAAAUGAAACGAAACAAAAACAAAAGCUUGACAAAAGCCAUUUACGCCCAUCCAUGUCUAUUUACAUCACAUUAAGGGACUCAAAUGUGCCACAGAGGAGGUGAACCACAAACUAAUAUGCGCUAAAGCAGCUUUGUGUAAGAAUAAAUAAGAAAAUUCCUUUACAGUUACAAAUGACAUUCCACUUUCAUACUAACCAUGAAAGUAAUAAUUCGACGGAGUGAACUUGCUGCUCCCUUCAACUGUUAACCUGUGUGGUGUGUCUUUUCUGCUGGCCCUCCUUUGUGUGUCUAAGGUCACCGUAUUGCUGUUAACAAUAUAGAUAGAAGUAGAACACUGGGUGAGGAGACAACGAUGGCAGGAACACUGGUCAUCAACACGGGUCGUCAUAGUUUCAGCAACAUCAGCGUAAAUCACUAAGACACGAUGGAGUGAUGUGUCCACUCGAUAUAAAUACUUGAGUAAGCAGCACACACACUUUGGACUCCAGGCUGCGCCUUUGUGUUUGUGUACCUCACUGUAUUAUACUGUAUGUGUGUGUGUCUGUGUAUGUGUGUGUGCUUUGAUAUAUAGCCACGUUCUUAUUGUUUAUCGUGUGUUUGCCACCACGAUGUAAGCAGAUCUCUCAGAGUUGUUUCUCUAGUGGGACGUGAGCCCACUGGGAUGGACAUGAUGAUCAGGAUGUUUAGGGGAAUAUUGAGAAUAUUGCUGUCAGUCAACUGUCAGUACUAGAAAUAGAUCAGUGUAAAAGCCUGUCCCCCACCCAUGCAGUGAAGUGUAUUUAUGUGAGCUAUAGUGAAGGAUCCAUGAGUGGUUUAGUGACAUCAAGGCUGGACUGGUAUUAAAGAACCAAGUCUGAAGGUGGAUGCUGCAGAAUGUUUAAAUUACGUUUGCUUUUACGUCUUGUGUACCAGCAAAAAUGUUGCCCAAAGUCUGGAAACUCAAGUGCGGGUUUAAUCAACAUUCAUGAAACAGGAUUGGUGGGAUUGAGGGAAGACCACCAAGCCAUCAGUAUAAAGACAAUGGUUUCUUUAACCUUGUCCCAGUCCAGCCUUGCGGUCAGGGAGUGUGCAGUGACAAUGUGUUCCGGUGUGAAUAUUUUCUGAUAUUUACCUUAUAGUUUUGAAAACAGACAUUGGUAGGUAUUGAUUAUCUUUACGAAGGGUAUAAACAAAAUCACGAGCCUUUUUCAGUACAGUGCAGUACAAUAUAAGGUGCUAUUUUUUCAAACAAGUUAAAUAAAAAAGGUCUCAGGUGCUGAAACGUUUGCAGGAGUUGGACCAGAUGGGUUUGAUUUAGGCAGAAAAGUUAAAAGUUAAAAUGUGAGGUAAAAAAAACAAACUAUGCUACACAGUAAAUCGUGGUCUAACCACAAGGUGGCACCAAAUCCACCAACAUAUAUUUUAUGCAGAAGCUUGCAAAAAAGCAAUGCUCUAAGACGGUGGUUCUCAAACCUUUUACCACAUGGCCCACCUCUGGUUCUCCAGGUGCCAACUUUAAAAUAUAGCAGCAGAGCCCCACCCUGUUCAACUAAGACCAGGAUACAGUGUUACUAAUUUAUUUCUAUUACGAUUAUCAGCCCUAUUUUCAGCCAAACAGUGAAGUAAAAGCACAA